AUGGGUACGACUGGUAAGGCAUCAUCACCACCACCUGUAAUAGACACGAGACAGAUGAGUGAGAAGCUGGAGACCAUCCUGUAUCAGCUCCGUCAGGUAACUCGAGAGAGGGAUGAGCUGCGCAAGCGACUUGCACUUUCAUCUCCUGGAUCAACUUUUGAUGACUGCAGGCCUAGUCCAAAACCAAAUCAUGAUUAUGAAAGACUGAAGAUUCAGUGCAUGAAGGCCAUGUCAGACCUACAGUCUCUGCAGAAUCAACACACCAAGACACUGAAAAGGUGUGAAGAAGCAGCAAAAGAGGCAGAUUUUUAUCACACGUUGCACAGUCGGCUGCUGAGUGACCAGUCCCAGCUGAAGGAGGACAUGGAUACCUUGAAGAGGAAAAACACGCAGUUGGUGCGAGAACAUAAUCAUCUCCAGCAGUCGUGCGAGGAAAUGAAGAGACUUCACGAUGAGGAUCAGAAGGAGAUAACGGACCUACGCAGCCAGCAGCAGCAGGUUAUGAAGCAAAAUGGUUCAUCAGAGAUAUUAAAUAAACUUUAUGAUACAGCAAUGGACAAGCUAGAGGGUGUGAAGAAGGAUUAUGAUGCCCUGAGGAAACGGUACAAUGAGAAGAUCGCAAGUCACAAUACAGACCUGAGCCGCCUGGAACAGGCUGAGGAGGAGAACAGACGGCUGCAGAAACAGAUUGACAUGUUAAUGAAGCAAAGGGACACAGCAAUACACUUCCAGCAGCAGUACUCCACCUCUCUUAGAAGAUUUGAAUCGGUACAGCAGGAACUGAGCAACACCACAGCACAAAACAAAGAGUUGCAGAGAGAGAUGGAGCGGUUACAGUCGGAGGUGACAAGGUUCAAAACAAUGCAGCUGAAAGCAGCAAAGGAUGCAGAAAAAUACAAGGAAGAAAGGGAUUCCGUUUUCAAUGAAUACCGCCUCAUAAUGAGUGAGAGGGAUCAAGUAAUUAAAGAGGUUGAUAAACUUCAAACAGAGCUGGAGCUUGCGGAGUCCAAACUGAAGAACACCUCUUCUGAGAAGCGAGUGGCUAGUGAGGAGAUGGAGGCUCUAAGACAGGAGCUAAACUCAGCUCUAGUGGAAAGAGAUCGAGCAAUUUGUGAGAGGAAUGAAUUGCUGGAAAAAUACUGUCAUGAAGUGAAGGACAAAGCUGAGGCCCAGAAGGAACUUGACCAAGCUUGCAAGGAUAUAGAGACAGUGAAGGAAGAAAGAGAUGUUGCCAGGAAAGAGAGAACGGAAGCGAUCAUCCAGAGAGACCAUCUACUGAGGGAAUAUUAUCAAGCCCGUCAGAUACAAGAUUCUGCUACCCUAGACAUAGAAAGAGCAAACAAAGAAAUUGAAAUGCUUCGGAAACAGUAUGAGGCAAUGUCCCAAGAACUCAAGGAAGCUGUCCAGGAAGCAGAAGUAGCCAAGUGCAGGAGAGACUGGGCCUUUCAAGAGCGGGAUAAGAUUGUUGCAGAGAGGGAAAGUAUACGGACUUUGUGUGACAACUUAAGGAGGGAGAGAGACCGGGCUGUGAGUGACUUGGCUGAAGCCCUUCGCAAUCUGGAUGACAUGAGAAAGCAGAAAAAUGAUGCUGUGCGUGAACUGAAGGAACUGAAGGAGAAGAUGGAGAAUCAGUUGGAAAAGGAGGCCAGAUUCCGUCAAUUGAUGGCCCAUAGUUCCCACGACUCAGCCAUAGACACAGACUCUCUGGAGUGGGAAACAGAAGUUGUAGAAUUUGAAAAAGACAGAGAUGAUAUGGACUUGAAAGCACUUGGUUUUGAUGUGGCAGAAGGCGUGAAUGAACCAUACCUCCCUGGAGACUGUGGCAUCUUCGUUACCAAAGUAGACAAAGGAAGUAUUGCUGAUGGUCGAUUAAGAGUGAAUGAUUGGUUGCUAAAGAUAAAUGAUGUGGAUCUUACUAAUAAGGAUAAAAAGCAAGUUAUAAAAGCUGUUCUAAAUGGAGGAGGUGUUAUUAACAUGGUGGUUCGAAGAAGGAAGUCCUUAGGUGGGCGAGUGAUAACUCCUCUUCACAUCAAUGUUUCCGGACAUAAAGAUAGUGGGGUCAGCCUAGAAAAUGGAAUAUUUGUUGCUGCUGUUGUGCCCGGAAGCCCAGCUGCCAAAGAGGGUUCCCUUACUGUGGGAGAUAGAAUAAUUGCUAUCAAUGGCAUUGCACUAGAUAACAAGUCGCUUACUGAGUGUGAAGCUUUGCUACGGAACUGCAGGGAUUCCCUCACCCUGUCACUGAUGAAGGUUUUUCCUCAGAGUUCAUCUUGGAGUGGUCAAAAUAUAUUUGAAAAUCUGAAGGAUUCAGAAAAAAUAUCAAAUUGUAGGGUUCACGCAUCGGAGAUACAAGCCCAAAAUAAAAGAAAUCUGAAACUCAACAGCUCAACGCAGACUGACAUUUUCAAUCCAGACAUCAUGGAUGGCAAGAAGGACCAGAGUGAUCAGGGCAGUGGUUCAUUUUGCGAUCAUCAACCUUUCCCUAAUAACACAUUACGAGUAGACUCUCAUAGGAACACAGUGCACAGUUGCCACAGUAAUUCAGAACACAGUCUCAGCUCCUUCAGCCCAGAGAGCUACGGGGACCGAGGCUAUGGAACUGUUGAUUUGGACAAUAGGAGGUUGCCUUAUGAACCUACAGGUGCUGACUGUGUGAUGGUCGAGACUGCGUUUGAUAAAGGACAUGGAACUAAGCAUAGUGGUGGUACCUGGCCAAAAGUCGUGGUUAAUGUCUCGGCAGCAGAAACAGAAAAGUUCUCUGUGUACAAAAAGCCAAAACAAAGGAAAUCUAUCUUUGACCCUGAUACUUUCAAAAGACCACCAACUCCUCCCAAAGUGGAGUACCUUUCCCCUAAUCAAGUGACAGGCCAUUCACCUCAGCCAUCAAAAGCUGAAGUGGCUUCAACUCCUCCAACUCCUCCUAAGAGAAGUGACUCUAUCAAAUUUAAGCACAAACAGCAGGUAAGCUCUGCAUCAGAGUCUACAGUAACGACUGGAUCGCCACCGACCAGCCCAGCCGCUGCUCAGGCUCCAGCUUCCUUGGCACUUAAACAGGACUCUGCUACUCUCAAGGGUCGCGGCAGGAACGCUGGGCAUUAUUAUCGGGAGGAGGGAAUUGACUGCACUCAUCUCUCAUCAAGGAAAUCCUGUGAAGACGACAUUGGCUUUCAAAGAGUUGAAGAGCCAGAGAUUAAAAGACCAAGACCAAAAUCAGCUCCUGCUCUGAGGCAUAAAAUGACCCCUAUGCCCAUUCCUAAUCCUGCGCUACAGGUGCAGAAGUAUGCUCCAGCUAGUGAGGAGCAUCUGUCUCCAGAGCUGCAGGACUGGGCACCGUAUUCACCCAAGCGGUCUGCUAGGCACAGCGAUGGCUUUGUGUCUGCUGCCUUAUACACGGGCAGCAUGUCAGCAGGUACUGUACCAAGAGGCUUAGCACCGUGCCCUGCAGUAACUGCUGUCAUGAGAAACCCAAUCUAUACUGCCUGGAGCCAUAGAGUUCACACCAGCAAUUGCCCAUCAGUCGCCAGCCAAAUAUGCCAUCAGCAUCUGCAUCCCAGUUCCCAACAUCAAGGUCGCCUGAGCUUGGACCUAAGUCAUAAACACUCCAAUGACUACUCUGAAAAUUCACGUACAAGAGCAUCUCAUGGCUCAAAUUCAUUACCAUCCAGUGCGAGACUUGGUUCUUCAAGUAACUUGCAGUACAGAACAGAACGAAUUAAGAUCCCUUUAACGCCAAGAUAUCCAAGGUCCAUCAUGGGCUCUGACAGAGGCUCCUUGUCACACUCUGAAUGUAGCAGUCCCAGCUUGAUAACUCCUCCGCAGUCGCCUCUGAACUUGGAAACGUCUUCCUUCGCCAGCAGCCAGUCUCAGAACUCCCUUUCUACAUUACCUAGGAUUUCCAUUAGCCCAGUGUCUAUUGGAGAACGUAGAAAAGAUAGGCCCUACAUGGAAGAGCCACGUCAUGUUAAGGUGCAGAAGGGUUCUGAGCCACUAGGGAUUUCCAUUGUGAGCGGAGAAAAUGGUGGAAUAUUUGUCUCUAAAGUAACAGGUGGGAGCAUUGCCCAUCAAGCUGGCCUUGAAUAUGGUGAUCAGUUACUAGAGUUUAAUGGAAUAAAUUUGAGAAAUGCUACAGAGCAACAGGCUCGUCUGAUCAUUGGACAGCAGUGUGACACCAUUACUAUUCUGGCUCAGUAUAACCCACAUAUGUAUCAGCUUGGCAGUCAUUCACGAUCAAGUUCUCGCCUAGAACCUGUGAGUAAUCAUUCCACCCCUCAAGGCAGCGGAGCUGCAACGCCUGACAAUCAUUCCGUAAUAGACACUGUGAGUGAACAGGACGAAGGAACAAUGACACCCCCAUCCAAACAAACCACGCCAACUACAAGCCCCCGGAAUUCCUUAAGGGGCCCUGUGGACACAAACAAAAGGACACCUGAACCUAGAAUUGUUGUUGUUAAAAAAUCCCAAGUGGAUCUUGGGAUCCAGAUAUGUGGUGGAAACCUGUAUGGAAUAUUUGUCUCAGAUGUAGAUGAUGAUAGCCCAGCAAAAGGACCUGAUGGACUUGUCUUGGGUGACAAGAUACUUGAGUAUGGAUCUAUUGAUAUGCGAAAUAAAACAGCUGAGGAAGCUUAUCUUGAAAUGUUGAAGCCUGGUGAAAACAUCAAAAUAAAGACUCAAUACAGAAUAGAAGAGUUUAAUAAGAUAAAAGAGCUUCCUGGAGAUGGAUUCUAUAUCAGAGCACUUUACGACCGUAUGGCAGAGGUGGAACAGGAUUUAAGCUUUAAGAAGGAUGACAUUUUGUAUGUUGAUGACACUCUACCACAGGGAAACUUCGGUUGCUGGAUGGCUUGGCAGCUAGACGAGAAUGCUCAGAAGCUGGAAAGAGGACAGAUUCCAAGUAAAUACAUGAUGGAUCAGGAAUUCUACAGGAGACACAGCAUGUCUGAGGCUAAAGAUGAAAACAGCUCAUCUAAGACAUUGUCAGCAGCAGCACGGAGGUCAUUCUUCAGAAGAAAGCAUAAACACAAGCGAAGUGGUUCCAAAGAUGGAAAGGAUUUGCUGGCUCUCGAUACAAUCAGUACAGACUCAAUUCCUUUCUUGGAUGAUUCUUCAAGUCUGGCUUAUCAGCGUGUACAGAAAGUGAACUGUACCUCUCCUAGGCCUGUGCUUAUUCUGGGACCUUUACUUGAUGCUGUGAAAGACAUGUUGGUCAAAGAAUCCCCUGGGAAGUUUUGCAGAUGUCCUCUUGAGGUCAUGAAAGCUUCCCAGCAAGCCAUUGAACGGGGUGUGAAGGAUUGUCUGUUUAUUGAUUAUAAACGGAGGAGCGGACAUUUCGAUGUGACAACUGUAGCUUCAAUAAAAGAGAUAACGGAAAAGGAUUGUCAUUGUCUGCUUGACAUCGCUCCUCAUGCCAUCGAACGGCUCCACAGUGUUCAUAUCUACCCUAUUGUAAUUUUUAUUCGCUACAAAAAUGCUAAACAAAUCAAAGAGCAAAAAGACCCAAUCUUCCUAAGGGACAAAGUUACACAAAAACAUUCCAAAGAACAGUUUGAGACAGCUCAAAAAAUAGAACAAGAGUAUAGCAAGUACUUUACAGGCAUUGUCCAGGGAGGAGCCCUUUCAAGCAUUUGCACUCAGAUUAUGACAACUGUCAAUCAAGAACAAAACAAAGUCCUGUGGAUCCCAGCUGGCCCGCUGUAGACUUUUUUUCGGCUGUGAAACUACUUUGCAGAUGUAAAUAACCAACUAACGUUCUAUCCAACGGACUCUGUCCAUUUCUGUCUUUAUAAAGAUAUCCGUAAGUGAUUCAUGUUUCGUGAAGGGGAAUGAGAACACUGACCCUGCUCAGACCCGACGAGGCACGGGGGAAGGGGUAGAUCACUACACCGAGCUUGUCUCAACGUCGUACGUGUACACGGGACAGGUUGUCACAAGGGUUUGCCACCUGCGUGUGCUUGUCCAUGAGUAAUGAAUUGAACAAUGCUGCAAAACCCGGUAGAAUGACAAGUUUACAAAAACCUUUUCAAAGUAUUUGGUUGUUGCUGUUUACUUGAAUGUGGUUCCUUUGGCUUCUUGUUUCGUUUUGUUUUUUUUUUAACUCUGUGUCCUUUCACUUCAUGAGGUAACUCUGCAAAACGGAGUGAAAUUUCUGAAUAUGAGCGAAUG